AUGUGUUCUUGCCAUACUUCCAAUGAUUUGCCAGAACCUCCAGCAUUUGCUUAUGCUCCUGGGUAUUCGGAGAACUCUUCACUCAUUUACUGUGCCCCUACGGAAUAUAUUGAAUGUGUAAUGAACAUAUCCACGGAAGCUUCACCAUGCAUCUCCAUCACUAUUGUAGUGUGGCAUAUCCAUGGGUAA